AUGACGACUCCUUCUAAACGCACAUUCCACAUCAAGGUGCCUUGCACGUCAGCGAACAUUGGCCCUGGAUUCGAUGUCGUGGGCCUAUCGCUUUCGCUGUACUUGCACAUGGAUGUCAUGAUCGAUGCGACCCAAACCGAUCAAAAAGAGCCUAUUCUCUCCUACAGCGGCCAUGGCGCAGACGAUGCGCCCCUAAACCCGUACAAGAAUCUCAUUACCCGCGUAGCACUCUAUGUAAUGCGAGUGAAUGACAUCAAGUCAUUCCCAACUGGCGUCCAGAUCCACGUCCGCAACGACAUUCCAUUCGGUCGCGGUCUGGGCAGCUCAGGCGCAGCUGUCAUUGCCGGUCUGCUCUUGGGAAAUGAACUGGGCGAGCUCAACAUCAGCCGCGACCGGCUCCUUGAUUAUGCUCUCAUGAUUGAGCGUCACCCCGACAAUGUUGCUGCGGCGCUGAUUGGUGGCUUCAUCGGCUCGUAUCUCUUGGAAUUGACCGGCGAGGCAGCCGCUACGACGCAAGUCCCACUCAGCGAAGUGCUGCCUGAAUACCCGGAGAACGCAUCCGAGUCCUGGGGCUAUGACCCACCAGUGCCACCCCAGGGCAUUGGCCACUACAUUCGCUUCGGCUGGGCGAAAGAAAUCAAAGUCAUUGUCAUUGUGCCGCACUUUGAAGUGCUGACCGCAGAGGCAAGGCGCGUCUUGCCUGACAUGUACUCGAAAAAGGACCUCGUCUUCAACUUGCAGCGCCUCGCUGUGCUCACCACGUCGCUUGCUCGCUCGCCGCCAGAUGUCAACCUAAUCUUCCAAGCCAUGCAAGACCGUGUUCACCAGCCUUACCGGAAGCACUUGAUCCCAGGCCUGCCUCGUAUUCUGGCUUCGGUCACACCAACCACCCAUCCCGGUCUGCUGGGUAUCUGCCUCUCGGGUGCGGGCCCUACGAUCCUCGCACUGGCCACAGACAAUUUGCAGCAUAUCGCCGAUACCAUCUGCGGAGAGUUUGCCAAAGAAAACAUUACGUGUGACACAAAGUUCUUGGAGGUGACGGAAGAGGGCGCCGCCGUGUAUCACUAG